AUGUUCACGUGUACAUUGGUUAUAUCCACGUAUUCACGUGCACAUAGUUUAUAUAAAAUAUUUUCAUCAUUUCCAGUAAUGAAUGUUGCAAUACAUUCAUCAAGUAAUAUAACUGUUACUGUACAUAUUUCAAUCGAUCGUAUAUUGAACGAUAUGGAACAUGAAUGCAGUUUUUGGUUAACAAUAAGGCAGAAAUGGGUGGAAAAGCCAUUAAUUUAUGAAAAAGAACGGCCAAAUGGUGGGCGGAUACGAUUGCGCUCAAGCUCAUACAUUUGGAAUCCACUAAUUACAAUAUUAAAUGCAUUCGAUAUGCGAAUGAUUGGAAAAGAAGAAGUGCAAUUACAUAGCAAUGGAAUGGUCGAACUUAUACAAAAAUUAUGGGUAAAAACAAUAGAAAUUCACGAAUUGCAUUCAUUUCCAUUCGAUGAACGAAACUGUUCCCUAAUCUUCCACAACGAAGAUUUACGAGCUCAAUGGACAGGAGUAACAUCAAUUACAGUACCAAAAGUUGGCUGGGGCAUUUGGGUGGUACUUGGCUGUGAGCGAAUUGGUAAAACUAUUGUUUUAAGCUUGAGGAGGUCAAUAACAAUGUGGAUUUGGACAUUAUACGCGCCAACAACUCUUCUCUUUGUUUGUUCGUGGUUAUCACUUUGGGCUACAAGUAAUUCAGCCAAGAAUCGUUUUGUUAUUAGUACUACGAGUUUUUUCACUGUACUCAUCAUUGUUAUCAGUAAUAAUUGGGGUGUUACACGAACAUCAUAUUUGAAAGCGAUUGACAUUUGGAAUUUGCAAAUUGUUACAUUUGUUUUUUCCAUCGUUUUACAAUCCGUUUUAAUUACUAAAGCAGUAGUGGAAAAGCAAAAAACAUCGAAACGAAUAUAUAAUUUUGGUGACGAAUGUAACGAGAAAACACAGUGGUUCAACGAAAUGCCUUAUUAUGCUCAUUUACCGGAACGUCAACCGACAACUUUGAUAAAAAUUAAGUCAAUUAUAUGUGGAAUGUUUCACGAGGAAGUUUAUUAUGGUAACUUAUUAUUGGUUAGCCUCGUCACCAACACAUGUCAGAAAAAAACAAAAAAAGAACGGUCAAGUGUAGAACAUUGA